AUGGCUGCUGCUAAUCAAUAUCUUUACGAAGAAAUUCCAUAUCCAGAAGGUGGCACUCCGAGUACUGGAGAUUUGAUUGAAUUAGUCUUCGAUAAAUUCAGCCCAAGAUCACAUUUUAUUGUACGACAAACAGAAGGAAAUGUCGACAAGAAUACAAAAGCAAAUGAAAUCGACGAAACAAUGCUUCUUGUAAUAAAGUUUUUAAAAAACAGGCCAAAAUAUGACCAACAAGCUGUACGUAUUAUUAAGUUUGCUUUAAGAGAAAGCUUGCGUAAGCAAUAUAUUAUUCAAUAUCUUGAUUUUGAAAUGCAAGCAUUAUAG